AACUGGCUGUCAGAUAGUCAUUAAAUUUGCUCGUUGUAUUUUUCACCUAUUCUUUGCAAUGUUUUCUGAAUUUUAGGUGAACAAUUUUUCAAAUUUCAGUGCAUUUUAUAAACUUGCAGUUGGCGUGUAGAAGUGAGCUUUAUAUGUUAUACGCUAAACAACAGAUUGCUGCAACAGCAUGGUCGUGAAAUUGUAGAAAUACACAUAAAAGCCCAAUACAAAAAACGGCGUUAGCUGCGCGGCGUCUGGAUAUCUAACAGCAGAAGCUAGUAUUUAUGCAAUAUUCGAUGGUAUAAACAAAAAGGGUUACGCAGAAAUGGACCAAUAUCCGUACAGCAUACCGUCGUCAUUUCCACCGUAUUCAGAAGAUGUAGCAAACAAAAAUGACAAUGAAUCGCAGUUGCAGACUCAUAACCCAUACUACAUCAACACCAGUUCCACCGAGACAGUAUUUGGAUUCAUUCCAGCAGACCCGCAACAGCAACAACAACAAACACUUCUACCGCAACCAGCAGUUCAACCUAACGGGUUAAUAUCCAGUCUCCAAACCGAUGCACACCCGGUUAACUAUGAAUUAUAUCCGGAUCAACACUACACACACCAAAUGCAGUCCGUCCCAGUUAUUCCUCCUCCAAUAUCAAUGGAAGCAACCGUUCCGGAAGCCGCACCCACAAUGGGACUGGAAAAUGCCUAUAACCAGCAGGAUUACAUUCGGGAAGCGAUUGCUGGUGAUUCGUCGAUUAGCUAUCCGUUGGUACCGAUAUCAGAAGUACCACCGCCACCCAGUGCGACACAAAUACAUCCAGAUCAAUCACUAGAUUCAGAACCGUUUGUUGUAGGUGGUGCUACCUUGUCGGUGCCUGGCGGUACAUCAGAUGGUCUGGACAUUGAAGCUGUAGCAGUUGGGGAGACAAUUUCAGCUCCCGUCGCGAUAGAAACAGAGCAAGUCAAACCACCAGAGCAAAGCUUCGAGGCAGAAUCCACAGAUGUACAGUGGGAAAGUCAGUCUAUCACAGCUUCAGAGCUGAGCGCGGCGAAUCCACCCGAAACACCAGAGCCUAGUAUGACAAUCUCAGCAGAUGAGCAAUGUGCAAGUGGUGACCAUACUGACCAACCAACCGCCAUAACCGAAAACGCUGCUCCCCAAGCCGAGGAACCAAUUGCUGAAGUAUCGCAGAUUGAUCCUGCUAUGUUAGAUGCCAAUAGCCUAACGCUCGAGGAGACGACACAAGUUGCAGAGGGUACGAUAACUGAACCACAAUCAGAGAUUACUCCCAGUUCGCCGACCACCGCCUCCAAACCGGAUGAAACUCCGGUGGAUCAGGGUGCUUUAUGUACAAAGAAAAAGCGACGACGAAUAGUGCAAAUGAAUGACGAUGACGACAGUGACGAAGAAGACGGAUGCGAUCGAUUAGAACUACUUCGAUCACCAGAACCACCAGCCAUUGAGGAUGAACCGGUUAAUACUUUAGAUCCAUCGGUAGUCAACGAGAAGACGAAUGAGGACGGUAAUGGUGAGGGUGCUAGCGACAAAGAAGAGGAAGAUCGACCGGACUCAGCCGCAUCCGAUGGCAUGAGCGCCGCGAAAACACUUUUCCAAAAUGUGGUAAUGAUUCCGGCGGGCGAUGCUGAGGCCCACAAACGGAAGAAAAUUCGGGUUCUGGAAAGUGAUGACGAGGAAGACGAACAGCAGAACAAUGUAGAUGACAUCGGAUUGACCGGAGAGGGUGCUGAGGAUGAAGUAAAUCCUGCCGGGUUUUUGAUGGAUGAAAACGCCGAAUGUGGAGAUUAUAGUGCGAUGGAAGGAAUUGAGAUGGAUAAGAUGGAGCAGAUUGUUACGAUGGAUGCGCCGAUUAUUGAUCCUAGCAGAAUGAUUAACGAAGAUGACGAUGACGAUGAAGCUGGUUCUGAAGGAACCGAGAAGGAUCGGGAGGGAAGUGAUCGUGAACAGGAUGCAGACGAGCAAAGCGAUGUCGGAAGUCAGGAGGAGGAAGAGCUUGGAGAAGAAGAAGAAAUUGUCGAAGAAGGAGUCGAAAUGAUAACGGCGGAAGAUGACGCUGGCGAGGCAAUCGGCAUAGCCACAGAUGACGAGAAUGAACUUGAUGAUGCGGAGGCUGACGAAGAUGACGAUCGGGGGAGCGAUCAGGAGGAACAAGCUUCGGCACGGUCCGAUGCAGAAUCCGAACACGAACAUCAAAGUGCAUCCUCAAAGGAAGAUGGCGAGAACCAAAGCGAAACUCGAUCAGCGGCUUCUCCUGUGGAUCAAGAGAAGAAGAAAGAGCGCAACGAUGUGGAUGAAACCAAGUCUGGCAGCGAGGAUGAGGUGAUUUGUCAAAACGAUUUGGAGCUGAACACGAUCUCGUUACUGACGGACGAAGAAGACGAUAACAUGCCGCCUUUACCACCGCCGAAAAAAGAGCUUCCAGUUGUACGAAUAGUAAACAUCAAAAAGGAACUGUUGGACACCCGCAUCAUCAAACGCGAGGGACAACCCAAGCAUCACUCGUCAUCGACGUAUCUCAAACAACAUCACCAACAGUCGCAGAAGAAACACGAAAAGAAGCACAAGAAAAGGGAACGAGUAUUUGACAAUAAUGACCCGUUCGGAGCUUGGUCCAGCUCAACCAGCGACGACGAGUUCAUUCCAAACGAUAUCUACUUUGGCACGCCGGAUCGUGUGUUUACCGCCAAUACAAAAAUACGCUGCCAGCGGCAGAAGGAUAUGAACGAGCGAUACACCAAGUACGGUGGAAAGACGAGCAAGCGACGGUUUUCGGAUGAUUCUGAUGCGGAAGAACGACGAAAGCGGAAGCAGAAGCUGGAACAAAUUUCACGCCUGAACCUGCCGGCGUAUCAGCAGGCGCAGCUUCAGAAUUUGGUCAAGAAAAAGAACAAGAGGAAGCAGGAUAGGUUCUACGACAAAUCGCAGGAAAUUCCCAACGACAUCUACUUCGGGAAUGUGAACGUACCGCUGCAUGUGCUGUACGCAUUUGGCAGCAGCUCUUCCGAUGACGAACGGGUGGACCGCAAUCGGCCGAGUACAUCGUGGAGGCCCCCACCAACGGCUUCCAGCAAGCACAGCAAAUACCAACCGACCAGUAGACCCUAUAAAAGUACAUCCUCUUCAUCCUACAGUAAAUCAACUGUUAGUCCCAGCAACGAUCGGUCGGUGCAAGCCAUGAAGGAAUAUCUGAAAAUCGCGGGCUUCAAAAACGUCAAGUUCCACAAGCUAUGGGAAGGCUGUAAAUCGAACCAGGAACGAGCCAACGCAAUUCUUCGCUUGAUGCAGGAAAAAGGCCUAGAAGGUGAACCCACCAUCGCUAAAUGUCGUGAAUUGCGGAAACAACUGCAAAUGGAACGCGAGGCCAAAGUGCUGGACACGAGUUUAAUCAUCGCCUCCGGUGAAGGUCGUAUAACGCGAAGAAGUGCUAGAAACCCGCAAAACCAGGGCCUGGCUGAUCCAUCGGAUCCGAAUGCUCCCUCCACGUCGGGAGUAUCCCAUACCGUUCCGCCGGAAGGGCUGGAAACGCUAAACCGUAUCAGAAAUGUGAUCGACCCAGAUUCGGAUGGGGAGUAGGGUUGAUUGUAAAUAGGUUAACUUAAAAGUCGUACAGAGGUGGCCAUAAAAUAUAUUUUGUUCGUAGAUUUAUUGCACAUUGUGACAAUUCCAACUAUUAGAUGGAAUAGAGGUUUACUGGUUCAUGAUCCAUUCGAAAUAUCGCUAUAUUUUAUUUUGAACAUCAUUAAUAGUCCAUAUUUUCUGUAAGAGAAUAAUGCUCGGUAAUUUUCAGUUACGUCGUAAAGUUUUUAUACACAUAGUGCAGAAACAUAUUAAAAAAACAUCGUUGUUUUAUUUCUAUUUUACGCAAAUACUAACCAUAAGCGUACUCGUACGCAAAAUAAAUAUAUGUAAAGUGAAAUAACUGAUAGGAAAGUAUGUGAAUGCUUAGAUUCUUUUAAAAUCAAAAGUCACUCUCACUAGAUUAACAAUCACAAGUCAGAUAAGAUAAAUUUCAGUUUUGUACAUUAGUCAUAUAAGAAUGUCAGAUUGUAAAAUGAUCAAUAAAUUAUGGCUUUUCAAGUAUGCAAAGCAAAUCAA